AUUGCAUUUGCAGACAAUGGCAGCGACGAAGCGCAACGCGGGGCUGACAUCCGCCGUUCCCAGAGCUUCCCUUAACGACGAGGAAUUGAAAACACACGUCUAUAAGAAAACACUUCAGGCUUUAAUUUAUCCGAUUUCGAGUACAACGCCUCAUAACUUCCAGCCCUGGACUGCUACCAGUCCUACCUAUUGCUACGAAUGCGAGGGAUUGCUUUGGGGAAUCGCCAGACAAGGCGUCCGGUGUACAGAAUGUGGGGUCAAAUGUCACGAAAAGUGUAAAGACUUAUUAAAUGCCGAUUGCCUUCAAAGAGCGGCGGAGAAGAGUUCAAAACACGGCGCAGAGGAUAAGGCGAACAAUAUUAUAAUGGCUAUGAAGGACAGGAUGAAAGUGAGGGAAAGGGAUAAACCGGAGAUAUUCGAGUUGAUCAGGGAUGUGUUCAGUGUUGACGAAAAGAGCCAUUCGGGUCAUAUGAAAGCCGUCAAACAGAGCGUUCUCGACGGCACUUCCAAAUGGUCGGCCAAAAUAGCCAUAACCGUGAUCUGCGCUCAGGGACUCAUUGCCAAAGAUAAGAGCGGAACGAGUGAUCCUUAUGUGACCACUCAGGUCGGGAAGACCAAGAAGAGGACCCGUACUAUAUCUCAAGACCUCAACCCCGUCUGGAACGAGAAGUUCUUCUUCGAGUGUCAUAACUCUUCCGACAGAAUCAAAGUGAGGGUUUGGGAUGAAGACAAUGAUCUCAAGUCGAAAUUGCGACAAAAGUUGACCCGAGAAUCGGACGACUUUUUGGGGCAAACCAUUAUAGAAGUGAGAACUUUGAGCGGAGAAAUGGAUGUCUGGUAUAACCUGGAGAAGAGGACCGACAAAUCUGCCGUUUCCGGUGCCAUACGUCUGCACAUCAGUGUUGAGAUCAAAGGCGAAGAAAAAGUAGCGCCUUAUCACGUCCAGUACACGUGUCUUCAUGAGAAUUUAUUCCAUUAUUUAUGCGAAACUCAAAACAACGGUGUCGUCCGACUGCCCGACGCUAAAGGG